UCGCGCCCCGCGCGACCUAUACCCUUCAAGAUCAGCAAAGCGGUGUGCGUGCGCGCAACAGCCCAGUCCCCAUGUGCAGCUUCGCUCCGUUGGUGUGCGCGCAAAUGUGCGUACUCUCGCGGCAUUCACGCGAGAAAACUCCCUGGAGAAAUAACCGAGUUGUAUGUAAUGCACGCCGAGGUAUUGUAAGGGGGUGUAAAGGCGGCCCCUUCUACCACGGCCCUGGUGGGGAAAAGGAGGAAAACGAGAGGCGCGUAGGAGAAGAAGAUGACGAGAUACGUAGACGACGUAGACGAAGGAGGAGAAGGGGGAGCAAGGGUGAUGAGGAAGGAGAAGAGAAGAAGAAGAAGACAACGACGACGAGGAGAACGAAGAAGAUGAGGAAGACGAAGGGGACGAAGGAGACGAGGAAGACGAAGAAAAAGAGGGCGACGGUGUCUAGCUUACAGCGUCGGGAGCGGAAGCUAUGAAAACCUGAAGACCCGAACGGAAGGAAGAGGGCGUGAGAGAGCCGAGUAUUAAGGCGUUAAUUUUCCAGC